AUGAUGGUGUCGAGAGGUCUGUUUGGGUGGUCUCCGCCCCAUAUGCAGCCGCUGACGCCGGUGUCGGAGGUUUCUGAGCCGCCGGAGUCGCCGUCUCCUUUUAUGGACUCUGGGGUGGAAGCUAUGCCGGUGGAGGAUGAUGGACCUGUUGAUGAGGUGGAGGAGAUCGAGCCUCCGCCAGCCGCUGUGCCCUUCUCGAAGCUCUUUGCGUGUGCUGAUGGGUUUGAUUGGGCGCUCAUGGCUAUGGGAUCACUGGCUGCUGCGGCUCAUGGAGCGGCUCUUGUCGUUUACUUGCAUUAUUUCGGGAAGGUUAUCAAUUUUCUCAUGUAUUUCGAACCUUUACCCAGUCAUAUGUCCCAUGAGCUCUUCGAUGAUUUCAAGAAGCAUGCCUUGUACAUCAUUUAUAUAGCGUCAGGUGUUUUUGCUGCUGGAUGGAUAGAGGUCUCGUGCUGGAUCAUUACUGGAGAGAGACAAACUGCAGUCAUCAGGUCAAAGUAUGUUCAAGUACUGCUGAAUCAGGACAUGAGCUUCUUUGAUACUUAUGGGAACAAUGGGGACAUAGUUAGUCAAGUAUUGAGUGAUGUGUUGCUCAUUCAAUCUGCCCUUAGCGAGAAAGUCGGAAAUUAUAUACAUAAUAUGGCUACCUUUUUUGGAGGUCUGGUUGUUGGGUUGAUUAACUGUUGGCAGAUUGCGCUGCUAACACUAGCAACUGGUCCAUUCAUUGUUGCUGCUGGAGGAGUAUCCAAUAUAUUUCUUCACAGACUUGCUGAAAAUAUUCAAGAUGCAUAUGCUGAAGCAGCAAGCAUAGCUGAGCAGGCAAUCUCCUUUAUUAGAACUUUGUAUGCCUUCACAAAUGAAACAUUGGCCAAGUAUUCUUAUGCGACGUCACUCCAAGCAACACUGCGGUAUGGGAUAUUGAUUAGUCUUGUCCAAGGCCUUGGACUUGGAUUCACAUAUGGACUGGCCAUUUGUUCUUGUGCCUUACAACUUUGGGUUGGGAGGCUCCUGGUUUCACAUGGAAAAGCUAAUGGUGGUGAAAUUAUAAUUGCACUUUUUUCCGUAAUUUUAAGUGGCCUAGGGCUCAAUCAGGCAGCCACAAACUUCUAUUCAUUUGAACAAGGGAGAAUUGCUGCGUAUAGACUUUUUGAGAUGAUUAGCCGUUCAACGUCCACUGUCAAUCAGGAAGGGAAUAUCUUAGCUUCAAUACAAGGAAAUAUUGAAUUUCGAAACGUAUAUUUCAGCUAUCUUUCUCGUCCUGAGAUACCCAUUCUAAGUGGAUUUUACCUGACUGUACCUGCUAGAAAAACUGUGGCACUUGUUGGAAGGAAUGGUUCAGGAAAAAGCAGCAUCAUUCCUCUAAUGGAGCGAUUCUAUGAUCCUACCUUAGGAGAAGUUCUUUUGGAUGGAGAAAAUAUAAAGAACCUGAAGCUGGAAUGGUUAAGAAGUCAAAUAGGAUUGGUCACACAGGAGCCAGCAUUAUUAAGUCUGAGCAUUAGGGAUAACAUUGCAUAUGGAAGAUCUGCUACUUUUGAUCAGAUCGAAGAAGCUGCAAAAACAGCACAUGCUCAUACUUUUAUCAGCUUACUUGAAAAUGGAUAUGACACACAGGUUGGUAGGGCUGGUCUAGCCUUAACAGAAGAACAAAAGAUAAAGCUUUCAGUUGCUCGGGCUGUUCUUUCAAAUCCUGCUAUUCUUUUACUUGAUGAGGUCACAGGUGGUCUGGAUUUUGAGGCAGAGAGAGCAGUUCAGGAGGCAUUAGAUAUACUCAUGCUGGGGCGAUCAACCAUAAUAAUAGCCCGGCGCCUUAGUCUCAUUAGGAAUGCUGAUUAUAUAGCUGUGAUGGAGGAGGGUCAACUGGUUGAAAUGGGCACACAUGAUGAGCUGCUGACAUUGGAUGGCCUUUAUGCUGAACUACUAAGAUGUGAAGAAGCAGCAAAACUUCCCAAGAGGAUGCCAAUUAGGAACUCAAGAGAGCAUUCGGCUUUUCAAGUUGAGAAGGAUUCAUCAGCAAUCAACAUCUUUCACGAAUCAUCAUCUCCGAAGAUGGCAAAAUCACCCUCUCUGCAGAGGGCAACUGGAUAUCAUACAUUUAGGUCAGCAGAUGCCAGUUAUAACUCACAUGAAUCACCAAAAAUUCACAGUCCACCUUCAGAGCUCAUGGAGAAUGGCAUGCCUUUAACAUCAACAGAUAGAGCACCAUCCAUUAAAAGACAGGAUAGUUUUGAAAUGAGAUUACCUGAACUUCCCAAAAUUGAUGUUCAUUCCAUUAACCGCCAAGCUUCAACCACUUCAGACCCAGAAUCACCCAUUUCGCCCCUCUUGACAUCUGAUCCUAAGAAUGAGAGGUCUCAUUCAAAGACAUUUAGUCGUCCUAUUGAUCAUUUUGAUGAUAUGCCAGCUAGAUGGAGGGAAUUGAAGAAUUUGCAGCAUCAGAAACCACCAUCUUUUUGGAGGCUUGCAGUACUCAGUUUUCCUGAAUGGCUGUAUGCUCUCUUAGGGAGCUUUGGUGCGGCUAUCUUUGGUUCUUUCAAUCCUCUCCUUGCUUAUAUCAUUGCAUUGAUAGUUGCCGCAUAUUAUAAUAAAUAUGGUAGUGAUACACGGCAUGAGGUGAAUAAGUGGUCCUUGAUCAUAGCGUGCAUGGGUAUCAUCACAGUGAUUGCCAACUUUCUACAGCACUUCUAUUUUGGCAUUAUGGGGGAGAAAAUGACUGAGCGGGUGAGAAGAAUGAUGUUUUCAGCAAUGUUGCGAAAUGAAGUUGGAUGGUUUGAUGAAGAAGAGAAUAGUGCAGACACCUUAUCCAUGCGCCUGGCCAAUGAUGCCACGUUUGUGCGUGCUGCAUUCAGCAACAGGCUUUCUAUAUUUAUACAAGACACUGCCGCAGUUGCUGUUGCUCUUCUCAUUGGCAUGUUGCUAGAAUGGCGUAUUGCACUUGUUGCAUUGGCUACUCUACCUAUUCUCACUGUUUCUGCUGUUGCGCAGAAAUUGUGGUUGGCUGGCUUUUCAAGAGGCAUUCAGGAGAUGCAUAGGAAGGCUUCUUUAGUCCUUGAGGAUGCUGUUAGAAACAUUUACACUGUUGUGGCAUUCUGUGCAGGCAACAAGGUAAUGGAACUGUAUAGAUUGCAACUCGGUAGAAUAUUCAAGCAAAGCUUCAUCCAUGGAAUGGGCAUUGGGUUUGCCUUCGGCUUCUCACAGUUCCUCCUUUUUGCCUGCAAUGCUCUUCUCCUUUGGUAUUCUGGUUAUUCUGUAAGACAUAAUGGAGUCAAGUUAUCAACUGCACUCAAAGAAUACAUGGUCUUCUCGUUUGCAACAUUUGCACUAGUAGAGCCUUUCGGCCUUGCUCCUUACAUACUUAAAAGGCGGAAAUCCCUAAUUUCUGUAUUUGAAAUUAUAGACCGUGUUCCUAAGAUUGAUCCCGAUGAUAAUACUGGCCUGAAACCACCUAAUGUCUAUGGAAGCAUUGAACUUAAGAAUGUCGACUUCAGCUAUCCAACUCGCCCUGAUGUGGCGAUACUGAGCAAUUUCAGUCUCAAAGUCAGUGGGGGACAAACCUUAGCAGUGGUUGGUGUGUCGGGUUCUGGGAAGAGCACAAUAAUUUCUCUGAUUGAGAGGUUCUAUGAUCCUGUAGCUGGCCAAGUUUUGUUGGAUGGCCGUGAUCUGACACUGUUCAACUUGAGAUGGUUGCGAAGCCACAUGGGUUUGGUUCAGCAGGAGCCUAUUAUCUUCUCAACAACUAUAAGGGAAAAUAUCAUAUAUGCCAGGCACAAUGCAACCGAGGGUGAGAUGAAAGAAGCAGCGAGGAUAGCAAAUGCACACCAUUUCAUUAGUAACUUGCCGCAUGGCUAUGACACCCAUAUUGGCAUGAGGGGUGUAGAUCUGACACCAGGGCAAAAGCAGAGAAUUGCCAUCGCCCGAGUGGUGCUCAAGAAUGCACCUAUCUUGCUAUUGGACGAAGCCAGCUCUGCAAUUGAAUCCGAGUCGAGCCGGGUGGUUCAAGAGGCCCUUGAUACACUAAUAAUGGGAAACAAGACUACAAUUCUUAUCGCCCAUAGAGCUGCUAUGAUGAGGCAUGUGGAUAACAUUGUUGUACUCAAUGGCGGCAAGAUUGUUGAACAGGGAACUCAUGAUGCCCUGGUGCAGAUGAAUGGUCUGUAUGUUCGGUUAAUGCAGCCUCACUUCAGCAAGGGCCUUCGACAACAUCGUCUAGUGUAGGCUGGUUGGCUUCUUUAAUGUUGUGUAAAUUAUUGUUGUGCUUCCACAUUUAGUUCCUCUUCACCCAUAAUCAAUCAAUACCCACUUGAAACAGAAUGUUUACCACUUUUGGGUUGGGUGACAAGGGAGAAUCUGAAGAGCCUGUAUCAUUCAUUGUUAUGGUUGAUUAUGUCUGCGGGGGGACGGGCUCACUGUUGAUAACCGGAUGUUGUUCAGAUGUAGGAUUGGAAAUAGUUUGUGGAGAUUGAAGGUCAAUGAACAACAUAGGACGCAACGAUGCUAAUGCUGUUCCCAUGAUGUAUUCUUUUCGGAGGCUUGCAUGUUCCUUCUGGUUGUGUUACCUCCAUUGUGUAUUAAUCAAAAGGUGAUGUAAUAGUUUUCUUGAUAGGAAGUGUGGUUUGUUACUAGUUUCUCCAAUUUUGUGUGCCCGUUUGAAUUAGUUUUCUUUCCUUAUUUGCAUUGUGCCUUCUUUAUUUGCAACAGGAACAGUAACACAACAGCAAAUGGAAGAAGAUAAUGUUCAUUCAA